AUGCCAUUUAAUCGAGGUUAUGAGGAGACUAGAGAAAACAGCAAGGUAUUUCAAGAAUUUGGGUACCUUUGGGUUCUGGUUCCAGUUGUUGUAACGGGGAAGGUGACAGCACCCUUUACAUUCUAUGCAACUGCGGCUGGUAUUGCUGCUGCUUUUAUCUCAGUCUUCUGGUCAUUUGGUUACAUCCGUCUCUCUGAAAGGCUUAGAAGAACAUCAAAAGAACCUGCUAAGGCUCCUCCACGCGCUGAUGUUGUUAAGAGCCUGAAAAAUGGCAUUGUGCUUAAUAUUCUUGGGAUGGGCGCUGCUGUUCUCGGCAUGCAAGCUACUGUUGGUGCUUUGGUAGCAAAAGCUCUCACAACCUCUGCAGUACCCUAUUAUGCUGCUGCUCCUGGCCAAAGUCCUGUUUUGGCUUUAGAUGUUUUCCUAGUUCAGGCUUCAGCGAACACCAUCCUGUCGCAUUUCAUUGGGCUGGCGAGCACCCUGGAGCUGCUGCGCUCGGUGUCACUGCCUCCAGCGGAAGCUGCCCCUGCCCCUGCCCCGGCCCCUGCACGGGCCUGA